UCCAGGCUCUCUAAUUGAAAUGGGAUCGAAGAAGGCGACGAUGACGCAUGCCCCCUGGUUCGAAGGGGCCAAAAUUGAAGAUGUUGUUUUGAUUGAUCGCGCCUCGUCAUAGGUUGCUUUGAGUGGCGAGAGAUUGAACUUAAGUUGGACAAUUUUCUUGGGGACAAUUUUUGUUCUGAGAAUGACAAAAAGGUAUGAGUUGCGAACUUUUGACUUGAAUUCGCCCUAUACUUUAGUUUGUGUAAAAAUGAUUUCUAAGUCAACUAAAGCGAUAUAAGAGCUGAAAUUUAAGUGCGAAAUACCGGUGAAGAUGAUAUGGAUGAUGGAUCAUAUCAAUAUAAUGAGCUAUCUAUGAGGGAAUAGUGCGCUGAUUAAACCACCACAGACAAGAGGAGUCAACCUGACACUCUUUAUAAUGCCAAAUGUAUGGAAAUACAUGUUUUCCGCCAUUUUCAGUGCGAUUUUCAUCAACGUAAUUGCUGUCUUUUUGGCGCGUAUAAAAACCACGUGGCUACUUAGGUUCACCUCAGUAUCCAUGAGAAAGUCGUGAAAAUGGACCUUUACUACCACAUAAUCCCGCCCCCGAGUCGAGCAGUUUUAGUGUUGGCCGAUUUGCUGAAUCUGGAGUUCAACCUGACUUCCAUCGAUACCCGCGAUGAGCAAGAGUUGGCCGUUUUGACUAAGGUCAAUCCGCUGCAGUCGCUGCCAACGCUGAUUGAUGGCGACAUCGUAGUAGGCGAACCGCACGCCGUGCUGCUCCACCUUACGAUCCGGUUCGACUCGGGCGGGACGCUCUAUCCGGCGGAACUGCGCGUCCGGUCCAGCAUUCACCAGUGUCUGUUUUUCGACACCAAUCACGGUUGGGGCGGACAAGCUGACACGGCGUGGUACAAAGGGUCAUUGUAUUGUCACUUUACGCUGGCGGAUCUCUGCUUGGCGCACACGAUCUCGGCGCUGGAUGUGAUCAAGGUUUUGCUCGAUCCAAAGUAUCCGAACGUAGCUCGGUGGUUCGAGAAGGUUCGCGGGGAGAUGCCAAAGUUUGACGAGCUGCAGGGUCGUGCCGAGGAGACACUGCGGGCGUUCCUGGCACGACAGAGUCAGGCUUGAAU